AUGGACCGAGAUGAUGUGAUACUUACUGGAUUGCCAUUUGAUCCUACAGCAAUGAAAAAUGCAGAGAAGAUCCCUUCGUACAAGUUUUUGCCUCUGAUGUACCAGCUGGCUGCUCGGAUGGGAACCAAGAUGAUGGGUGGUUUAGGAUUUCAUGAAGUUCUGAAUAAUGACAGAAUGGAGGCUGCUCGCAAUAUAAUCAAUAUUGUAAGAAAAAGGAGAGCUCGUAUGGUUAGAAACAUUGAAGCACUUUGUGAUGCUUACAUCACGUUAGCAAAUGUAGAUGCUACUCCAUGGAAAUCUCAAAGAAAAGGAAUAAAUAUUCCAGCUGACCAGCCAAUUAUUAAACUGAAGAACUUGGAGGAUGUUGUUGUUCCUACCAUGGAAAUUAAGGUGGAUCCCACAGGACAAUAUGAAAAUUUGGUGACAAUAAAGUCUUUUAAGCCGGAAUUUCGCUUAGCAGGAGGCCUGAAUCUGCCUAUAAUAAUAGAUUGUGUAGGGUCAGAUGGUAAAGAAAGGAGGCAGCUGGUUAAGGGGCGUGAUGACCUGAGACAAGAUGCUGUUAUGCAACAGGUUUUCCAGAUGUGCAAUACAUUGCUCCAGCAAAACACUGAAACACGAAAGAGAAAGUUAACUAUCCGAAGAUACAAGGUGGUUCCCCUUUCUCAGAGAAGCGGGGUUCUUGAGUGGUGCUCGGGAACAACUCCCAUUGGGGAGUUUCUUGUGAAUGUCGAAGAGGGAGCUCACAAGAGAUACAGGCCAAAAGAUUACUCCAGUUAUCAGUGUCAGAAAAUAAUGAUGGAUGCACAAAAGAAACAUUCUGAAGAGAAAUACAAUAUCUUCAUGAAAGUCUGUGAGAAUUUUCAACCUGUGUUUCGUUAUUUCUGCAUGGAAAAAUUCCUGGAUCCAGCUGUGUGGUUUGAAAAACGAUUGGCAUACACUCGCAGUGUGGCUACAUCUUCUAUAGUUGGCUACAUUCUUGGACUUGGAGACAGGCAUGUUCAGAAUAUCUUGAUAGAUGAGCAAACGGCAGAACUAGUGCACAUAGAUCUGGGGGUUGCUUUUGAGCAAGGUAAAAUCCUUCCCACACCAGAGACUGUUCCAUUUAGAUUAACCAGGGACAUUGUGGACGGAAUGGGUAUUAGUGGCGUGGAAGGAGUCUUCAGAAGAUGCUGUGAGAAAACAAUGGCUGUUAUGAGAAAUUCUCAGGAAGCUUUGCUGACUAUUGUGGAGGUGCUGCUCUAUGAUCCUCUUUUCGACUGGACCAUGAACCCCUUGAAAGCUCUGUAUUUGCAGCAGAGACCAGAGGAUGAGGCUGACAUGAACUCCACGCUCAAUGCUGAUCCGCAAGAAUGUAAAAGAAAAGCCAGCGAUGACCAGAGUUUUAACAAAGUGGCUGAGCGUGUUCUGAUGAGGCUUCAGGAGAAGCUGAAAGGUGUGGAGGAGGGAACAGUGCUCAGUGUGGGAGGGCAGGUGAACCUCCUCAUACAGCAGGCCAUGGACCCUAAAAAUCUGAGCCAGCUCUUUCCUGGAUGGAAACCCUGGGUGUGA